AUGGGCUUUGCCAGGCUUGCACAUGAGAAGCUUUCCAACCUGCUGCUGGUGCUGUUGAGUGUGGUAUCCUGCUCUGCUGCUGCUGCUGGGGAUGAGCCCAGCCUGGGCAAGAGGUCCUUGCCUCACUAUGAACACGAUUCCAGUGGUGCUGUUGACUCUUCUCAAGACACGAGGCUACAUGUUUUCACACUGGACUAUGACUAUGUGCAAAUUCCCUGUGAAGUUACCCUUUGGAUACUCCUUGCCUCUUUUGCAAAAAUAGGUUUCCAUAUCUUUCACCGAUUACCAAGACUUAUGCCGGAAAGCUGCAUCCUGAUUGCCAUUGGAGCACUAGUAGGAGCAAUCAUCUUUGCUUCCCAUCACAAAUCUCCACCAGUGAUGAACAGCAGUAUUUACUUCUUGUAUCUCCUUCCACCCAUUAUUCUGGAGGAGGGUUAUUUCAUGCCAACUCGACCAUUUUUUGAAAACUUUGGAUCCAUUCUGUGGUGGUCUGUUCUGGGAGCUCUGCUAAACUCAUUUGGGAUUGGCCUCUCCCUCUAUGGAGUCUGCCAGAUCGAAGCCUUCGGCCUGACUGACCUGAACCUGCUGCAGAACUUGCUCUUUGGCAGCAUGAUUUCAGCAGUGGACCCCGUGGCAGCUCUGGUAGUUUUUGAAGAAGCCUCUGUUAAUGAGCAGCUUUACAUGAUGAUCUUUGGAGAGUCAUUGCUGAACGAUGGCAUAACUGUGGUUUUAUAUAACAUCUUCAUCGCCUUCACCCAGAUGCACAGGUAUGAAGAAAUUGAAUCCAUUGAUAUCUUUGCUGGCUUUGCUCGCUUCUUCGUGGUGGGGCUGGGAGGAGUCUUGUUUGGCGUUGUAUUUGGAUUUGUCUCAGCGUUCAUGACUCGUUUCACCCACAACGUCUCUUCAAUCGAACCCCUGCUGGUCUUCAUGUUCAGCUACCUCUCAUACUUGUCUGCUGAAACCCUUUACAUCUCUGGCAUUUUGGCGAUGACAGCUUGUGCAGUGACAAUGAAAAAAUACGUGGAGGAGAAUGUUUCCCAGAAUUCUUAUACCACAAUAAAAUAUUUCAUGAAGAUGUUAAGCAGUAUCAGUGAGACCCUGAUUUUUGUGUUCAUGGGAGUGUCUACAGUGGGGAAAAACCAUGAGUGGAACUGGGCCUUCAUUUGCUUCACUCUGCUCUUCUGCCUCAUUUGGCGAACACUGAGUGUAUUUGCUCUCUUCUACAUCAGUAACAAGUUCCGAACAUAUCCUUUCACCUUCAAAGACCAGCUCAUUAUUUCUUACAGUGGCCUCCGAGGUGCCAGCAGCUUUUCUCUUGCAUUCUUGCUUCCAGUGAAUCUUUUCCCCAGAAAAAAUCUAUUCAUCACUGCAACUCUUGUGGUUAUAUAUUUCACUGUCUUCAUCCAAGGAAUCACAAUUGGACCAUUGGUCAGAUAUCUGGAUGUUAAAAAGACGAACAAAAAGGAAUCUAUCAAUGAAGAAAUUCACGUGCGAUUGAUGGAUCAUUUGAAGGCUGGUAUUGAAGACAUAUGUGGACAUUGGAGUCAUUAUCAGCUGAGAGAUAAGAGCGGCAGGACCCAGCGUGCGGCCAGGCUGUCCCGGGCAGAGGUGGAGUCCAUGAGAGAUGUCCUGGCACACAACCUGUACCAAGUGCGACAGAGGGCACCAGCAUACAACCGGCACAAUCUUCCUACUAGCACAAGUGAGAAACAAGCACAGGAAAUCCUCAUCCGUCGGGAACACAGCCUGAGGCAAAGUUGCAGGAAGGGAAACAGCUUGCCGUGGGGUAGACCGGUUAACACCACGGAAGUACGCUACCUCUCCUUGCCUCAGGGUCCAUGCCAGCCCACUAGGAGAAAGGCCAGGCAUGUUACUUUUACAGAUCAUCAUAGAAAUGGCUCUGAUGCUGCGUUCCCAUUAACAUCGAGACCCCAGCCCCGACUACGGCCGCUCGAAGCAAAGCGCCACCAAGAACUGAUUCCAAUGGCACGCUUGGAGAGACGGGCAGGCCCAUACAAUCUGUCAGGUCCAAGAGGAAAUUCAAUCAGCCGUCAUCGUUUCACCAGAGCAGACAAUCUAGCUCCGAAGCCAAAGGCUCGGUUCACUGUCAGAGAAGUAGAGGAGUAUGAGUCAGAAGAAGAGACAGAAGCAAUGGCACCAGCCAGGCCAUUAGUUAUAUGAGGAGCA